UCUAUACCCAGCCUGAAGAUAUUGCGAACUUCAUUUUAUUGAGCAACUUCGAUGACGGAACCUUCAGCCGCCGAAUUUGAAGCACCACUCGGUGUUCUGACCGAACCCACUGGCAGCGAUUUCAUCGGCAGCGUCACAAGAAAGCACUCAUGCUUGCCGCCACAAGCCUGUUACUUCCAGUGUUGUGAACCAGACGAUGCACAAUAAUAAAGUGUCACGGAACCGGUGCAUGUAGUUCACAGGAAGGCGCUGCUAUGCUACACACCUUGUAGGCUAGCGUACGCCCACAUAUUAUGCCCCUUUGACAUUGUCAUGAUUAUGUUCAGAGAAGUUCGAGGAGCGAGUUCGUGUUCCUUCUGGGCUACGACCUGGAUAUAAAUACUAGGUGAUGAGAUGGUUCGAGCAUCGGAGCGUUACGCUCUCUACAGGUGCUACCGUACAGAAGCCUCACUUUCCUAUCCCCGAAAUGUUUUCUCCUACUCC